GAUUAAAUUUUAUAUUUUUUUUUAUAAAAAUUCUUUGAUAUCAAUAAAAGUUUGCAUAAACAUUAUUUUGGUCGACUCUUUCGAGUGCAAAUUCAAAUCAUCAGAGUACCAUCUUCAGAUGCAAUUAUACAAAAUUUCAACAUUAUAAAAAUCCAACAAUUAUGUCAAAAUUUUCGACAACCUCCAGUCGCCAAUUGAACACGCGCAGCUCCGAUAUCGAUGCCUUGGCUCAGCGUGGUUACAAUAUCGGACACAAAAUUGGCGAGGGUUCCUAUGCGACCGUAAUUACAGCCGGUUAUGCAGACGAUGCUGGGCACGGUGUACAUUUGGCCUGCAAGAUAAUUGACAAAGCUAAGGCACCCUCGGAUUUCGUACAUAAAUUCUUUCCGCGCGAAUUGGAAAUUUUAACGAAAAUCGAUCACCCGAACAUUAUACAGAUACACAGCAUUCUACAGCGUGGCCCGAAAAUCUUCAUAUUCAUGCGAUAUGCAGAGAAUGGUGAUCUAUUGAGUCAUAUCAAGAAGUCGGGACCGGUUGAGGAGCUGCAAGCGAAAGCCUGGUUCAUGCAGAUGGCUAAAGCUCUCAAAUAUCUGCAUUCGCACGAUAUCGCCCAUCGCGAUCUCAAGUGCGAGAAUAUACUGCUUUCGAAGCGUCUCAAUAUCAAAUUGGCUGACUUCGGCUUCGCACGCUAUUGUUGCGACGAAAGCGGACGUGAUAUUAAAUCGGAAACCUAUUGCGGUUCGGCGGCAUACGCUGCACCCGAAGUGGUAUGCGGACGUCCAUAUGAUCCCAAACUAGCGGACGCUUGGUCACUUGGUGUCAUACUAUUCAUAAUGUUGAAUGCCAAAAUGCCAUUCGACGAUAGCAACCUGAGUAAGUUGCUGGACGAUCAACGGAGUAAGAAGUUCGCAUUUCGACGCAAAUUGCAAGAUCACAUUUCAGCGCAGGCAAAGGCUACGGUGGCGGUGCUGCUGGAGCCCGAACCGCAUGCGCGUUGGAAUCUACGCGAAAUACUCAAUUGCAGCUGGUUGCGAGCCGACGAGGAGGAUCACGAACCGUUGGCUUAGUCUAAGACUGUUCGAACGGCACAAUACUCAUUAUAAUUUUGAGCAGCAUAUCUGAUUGGUUCUGGACCUAAUGCUAAUGCCUUUGAAUUCUUGUAUGGGAAAAAAAGAAAUUUUUAUAUUUAUAUAUACAUAUAUAUAUUUUUUUUAUUUGUGUAAUGUAUAAUGUUGGUCAUUAGUGAAAAUUGCCCACCUCCACACUGUCUACAUAUAUAUAGUCUGUAUUUUUUGGUCGUAAAAUUGAUAUAAGUACAUGCAUAUACAUAAAUAUGUGUAUCGCACACAUAUAUAUGUAUAUGUGAUGGUUUUUGUUUUUGGUUGUAAAUUUCUCAAACUUUUCCUCAGCUCAACUAGUAGAUUUGAUUUCAAGCAAAUGCAUUCGUAUGUCAUAUUUUUAUAUUUCUAUUAAUAUCACAGCUUAUUUGAAUUGGCCACUUUUAGAUUUGCCUGGUCAUGAACCCCGAGGCCAGUACCAAAUUAAGGCCAAUUUGUCAUGUAACGGCUGGCAACGAUUAACCAUCCGCCUCUCCUUAACAGAAGCUAAGCUUUACAUUGACGUUGUGGUUUAGAGCAGUAGUAUUUCUAAUACUAUUCUCAAUUAUAUGUGUCACAAAAUAACUUAAGUUAGUAAAAAAAAAUUAUUAAUUAUAAUAAAUUGUAAUU